CCUGGCAUGAUGAAGGCUGCCGUGUUCCUGCUGCUCGCCCUCAGGAUGCCCGCGCACCACACGGGUGCUCAGUGCGACAUUGACAACAUGGUUAAUCUGAAGGUGCAGGCAGCAGUUAGUUCCAUCGUGUCUGCCACCCUGGCCAAAGCCAAGCUACUCUGCCAGGACGUCUCGGCGCGCGGGGCACUUGUCUCCUGCCCAGCAGGGUACAAGCCCAUGGGCUGUGCCUGCAGAAUGGGCUGUGGUUCCUGGGACAUUCGCACCGACCCCACCUGCCACUGCCAGUGCAGCAGCAUCGACUGGACGGCCGCGCGCUGCUGCAAGAUAGGGCUGGAGUGAUGCCCAGACCCAGCCUGAGGCACCGGAGAGCCCCACGUGGCCUGCUGCCCCUGCCGUGGGCCCUGGCACAGAACCAUACUGUGCCUCUUGUUCCCAGUGCAAUGAAUAAACUUGGAUCUGGGUCUGCUGAUGCUUCUCUGGCUCAGUUCUUCCCCUGCCCUCCCAGACUUUGGUACCUAGGGCCAGAGCACAGGCAGGGUGGCACAACUCUGCCUCCCUCUCCUAUUUCCUCCAUACAGACCUCUGUCCCAGAUCAGGUCGGACUGUCCCUGCUGGUGGCUCACCAGAUCACUACGGGGGUCCAGACACUGAACACGCCCCCGCCUCCCCCCUGGGUGCUCUGAGCUUCCCUGGGUCUCAGCAGGCUGCAGCACUGAUGUCUCCCGUGGUCUCUGGGGCACAUUUCCUAGGCACUGACUCUGUUACCCCUUCACAGAAACGGUGCCCUGCAGCCCACCUGCCUUAGGCCCCCAGGCCCAACACUGACCCCCAAAUAGCCCAGGUGCUUAAACCCCCCUGUGACCCGGUGU